AUUUCAGCUCCAAAAUUCUUCACUCUUCAUUCUUCAAUCUCUCGUAAAUCCUCUGGAAAAAACCCCUAAUUGUUAGGGUUUUAGUAAAACUCUUCAAAUUCUCGUGAAAAUUCACUUCAUUGUUUCAUUUUUGAAGUUUCAGCGAAUCAAAAUUGCGAAAGUUGUGAUUCAAAUCGACGAUCUAGAUGAAAACUAGGGUUUUUUUACUCUGUUUUCUCAUCCUUUCGUCGAAUUUCUCUCAUUUACAAUCGGAGGAAACGAAGACUAACAAAUUCCGAGAACGAGAAGCUACAGAUGAUUCCAGUGCUUAUCCAAAUAUAGAUGAGGAUGAAUUGCUGAAUACACAAUGCCCCCAGCAUUUGGAGCUAAGAUGGCAGACAGAAGUUAGUUCUAGCGUGUAUGCCUCGCCCUUGAUAGCUGACAUUAACAGUGAUGGGAAGCUUGAGGUUGUAGUUCCCUCAUUUGUUCAUUACUUGGAAGUUCUGGAAGGUUCUGAUGGAGAUAAACUGCCAGGAUGGCCGGCUUUUCAUCAAUCUACCAUUCAUUCCAGUCCUUUACUGUAUGACAUUGACAAGGAUGGAGUGAGGGAGAUAGGUUUGGCCACCUACAAUGGUGAGGUGCUCUUUUUCAGGGUGUCAGGAUACUUGAUGUCUGAUAAACUUGAGAUUCCUCGGUUGAAGGUCAAAAAGAAUUGGUAUGUGGGUUUGAAUUCAGUCCCUGUGGACCGUUCUCAUCCGGAUGUCCACGAUGACCAACUAAUCCAGGAGCAUCUGAUGGAAUCUGUAGUCCGUCAUAAUGCAUCUAGUCACAGUGGCAACCAUUCAGACUCUACAGCAUCGGCUGUUCACAAUGAGACACAUUCUGCUCUGGAAGAAGUCCACCAUGAUGCAUCUAGUCACAGUGGCAACCAUUCAGACUCUACAGCAUCGGCUGUUCACAAUGAGACACAUUCUGUUCUGGAAGAAGUCCACCAUGAUGCAUCUAGUCAUAGUGGCAACCAUAAUGCAUCUAGUCACAGUGGCAACCAUUCAGACUCUACAGCAUCGGCUGUUCACAAUGAGACACAUUCUGUUGUGGAAGAAGUCCACCAUGAUGCAUUUAAUGCUUCAAUAUCUUUGCCAUCAGAAGUUUCACAUGACAACUCUUCUAACAUGGCUAACUUAAACAAUAGUAUUCUGAGUUCUGAAAAUGAGAAAAUUAGGAAUUUGGAAAAUGGAACCAAUACCGGAAGAAGGCUUCUUGAAGAUGACGUGUCAAAAAGAGCUGAGGAGGAUGUUCAAGCUGCAACUGUGGAAAAUGAAGAAGGUCUAGAAGCGGAUGCUGAUUCAUCUUUUGAGUUAUUUCGUGACAGUGAUGAGUUGGCAGAUGAGUAUAAUUACGAUUAUGAUGAUUACGUUGAUGAGCACUCGUGGGAUGAUGAAGAAUUUCAGGAGCCAGAGCAUGAGAAAGUAGAGGAUUAUGUGGAUAUUGAUGCUCAUGUUUUGUGUACGCCUGUCAUAGCAGACAUUGACAAUGAUGGGGUGUCAGAGAUGAUUGUUGCAGUUUCCUAUUUCUUUGACCAUGAGUACUACCAAAAUUCGGAGCAUUUGAAGGAGCUUGGAGACAUUGAAAUUGGAAAAUAUGUAUCUGGUGGUAUUGUUGUUUUUAAUCUAGAUACCAAGCAAGUUAAAUGGACUCUACAGCUGGACCUAAGUACUGACUCAGAGAACUUCCGUCCCUACAUCCACUCUGCCCCUACGGUAGUUGAUUUGGAUGGUGAUGGAAAUUUGGACAUUCUAGUUGGGACCUCUUAUGGAAUGUUUUAUGUCUUGGAUCACAAGGGGAAAGUGAGGGAUAAGUUUCCUCUUGCAAUGGCUGACAUCCAAGGGGCAGUAAUUGCAGCUGAUAUAAAUGAUGAUGGCAAGAUUGAACUAGUUACUACAGAUUCACAUGGCAAUGUUGCUGCAUGGACUGCACAGGGCAAAGAAAUUUGGGAGAAUCAUCUUAAAAGCCUUGUUCCACAGGGACCUGCCGUUGGUGAUGUGGAUGGGGAUGGCCAUACCGAUAUCGUUGUUCCAACAGUUUCAGGGAAUAUUUAUGUUCUGAGUGGCAAGGAUGGCUCCAUUAUACGCCCAUAUCCUUACAGGACUCAUGGUAGAGUGAUGAAUCAAGUUCUUCUUGUUGACUUGACCAAACAUGGGCAGAAGAAAAAAGGUCUUACAAUCGUUACUACAUCAUUUGAUGGUUACUUGUACCUCAUAGAUGGACCUACAUCAUGUGCUGAUGUUGUAGAUAUUGGUGAAACAUCAUACAGCAUGGUCUUGGCUGACAAUGUUGAUGGUGGAGAUGACCUCGAUCUUAUUGUGGCUACCAUGAAUGGCAAUGUCUUCUGUUUCUCGACACCUUCUCCACAUCAUCCCCUCAAGUCAUGGAGAUCACCUAACCAAGGGAGAAAUAAUGCUGCAUAUCGAUUAGAUCGUGAGGGAGUCUAUGUUACUCCAUCAUCAAGAGCUUUCCGUGAUGAAGAAGGCAAAAGCUUUUGGGUUGAAAUAGAAAUUUUUGAUAAAUACAGAUACCCAUCUGGGUCUCAAGCUCCAUAUAAUGUCACGGUGAGUUUGUUAGUACCUGGCAAUUACCAAGGUGAUAGAACUAUUAAGCAAAAUAAGAUAUUUAAUCAACCUGGAAAACAUCGGCUUAUGCUCCCAACUGUUUCUGUGAGAACUGCUGGUACAGUGUUGGUGGAGAUGGUUGACAAGAAUGGGCUAUAUUUCUCUGAUGAUUUCUCCUUGACAUUCCAUUUUCACUAUUAUAAGCUGUUAAAAUGGCUUCUCGUUCUUCCUAUGCUGGGGAUGUUUGGUGUGCUUGUCAUUCUUCGUCCGCAGGAGGCCAUGCCAUUACCAUCAUUUACGCGAAACACCAACCUAUGAUGCUGC